AUGAUCGUGAGGGAGAGUCCCAAGAAGCGAGCUCAGACGAAUCAGCCCAACUGGCCCCCGCAGUCAUCCCGCGAAGCGCUCCUAAGCUCACCAUCCGGACGGCGCAAGUACGAACAGCAGCGCCAGCGCAGUUCUGUGUCACCAUCCCCCUCAAAGCGUCGUCCAAUGUCGCGCGGCGGACCCCAGGAUGAAGACGAAGAGGAGGACGAGGAGACGCUGCAGUUGAAGCUCCAGGCAAUCGAGGCCAAGCUGAAACUAAAGGCACUCCAGAGAGCGCGCAAGGCAGCUGAGGGCGACGACACAGAGAGCAAUGCCAGCUCAUCGCGACCACCGACUGUGGCUUCCAUGCGCCGCACAGAGAUUCCGCGACCGCCUGCGGAUGUCCAGGUCCCCCACUCGCCCGUACGACAACGACGACCAGCCGAGGAGCCUAGGAGCCCUGCGCGCGUGCUUUUGGGUAUAGACAAGGGCCUGCGGGCGCAAGAUGUUAGUCUCAAGAGGCCUGGAGCUAGUGUUGCUGGAGGGUCUUCGCGUUCGAACUCGUCAAGAUCAGAAAUCCCUAAGAUCAAGUCGUUCAGUGAGCGCAUGGCCGAGAGCAGGAACAAGGAGAAGGAGCGCGAGGAGAUGGAGACCAGAAUUGAGCAGAGAAGGAGUCGAGAGCACGCCAUCACGGUCAGGCUCUUCGCUGAGUUCGGAUACCAGAAGCUCGCAGGACAUGGCACCACCAAGCGCCAGGGCUUUGAGCAAGGAUCAGACGCGAUCGAUGAGCAAUUUGAGAAACCCACCAACACCACGCCCCGGCUCAACUCUUUCCUCACGAGCGGAGAACUCUCGACCGCCAUCAUCUGCUUCCAAGGCCUCCACAGCGAAGCCUCAAGCUUUGAGUCGUUUUCUGGGCUACACUUGAAGUCUCGCGAGAUGCAGCACAACGUUGUCACGCGCACAUUAGAAGGCAAGACGGUACUCACCAUACCCCAGCUGCUCAAGACUGUCAAAGCGCCAGAGUAUGAUCCACCAGAGGACGAGAACGACUAUGUGGUCCUCGGAGUGAUCUGCUCAAAGUCGUCACCACUCAACACCAAGAAUGCCGUACGAGAUCAGUCGAAAGGUCAACAAGAGAGAAAUCAACAGGGCAAAUUUAUGGUCAUUAAGUUGACAGACCUGAAGUGGGAGCUCGACCUGUACCUGUUCGAUACUGGCUUCUCGCAAUUCUGGAAACUGCCCCUCGGUACGCUGAUUGCAGUUCUGAAUCCAGACAUAAUGCCUCCUCGAAACCGCGACACUGGUAAGUUCUCGCUAAAGCUGACGAGCUCGGACGACACGAUUCUUGAGCUUGGAACUGCUCGAGACCUGGACUUCUGUAAUGCUCAGCGAAAAGAUGGCAAAGAAUGUGGCACCUGGAUCGACAGCCGCAAGACAGAGUAUUGCGAGUUUCACGUCCAGCUCCAAGUCGAGAAGAGCAAGCGUGGACGCAUGGAGAUCAACGGCAUGGUAGGCAUGGGCAAAGGCUCAGGAGGCGGGAGCAAGUUCGGCAUGUUUGGUGGAGGUGGUAGAGGCAAAGGCGACGAGCUCAGACGAGAAGGGAAAUAUCACGACCGAGAGAUGCACGAAACUGUAUACAUCGCGCCCCGACCUGGCGGUGCAGCAAGUCUCAUCGACCGCGAUGAGCAAAGCUGGGAGCGCGGUGCCAGCCGAGAGGAAAAGUUCCGCAAGCAGUUGGCAGAGAAAGAGAAAGAACGAGAGCUUGCGAAAAAGCUGGGAAAGAUGGGAGAGGGCAGUACAGGAGGCGACUACUUAAAGCUGAAGGCUGCUGAUACCCCGAAUCUUCCUGCAAGCGGCAGUAUGUUCCCUGGUGCUGGUAGCUCAGCCAGGCAAGGUCCAGAGAGGACCACCGAUAACGACUUCCGCAGUCUUCUGAAUCGCAAAGCCGAAGAUGUCACUCUCGCUUCUACUAAGCGCAAGCGGAUAGCAUCCGGCAAGUCGGCUGCUUCGAGCGAGCCCAUGGGAUGGGGAUUCAAGAAAGGCAUGCUACCAUCGCCUACAAAGGACACUACGUCUGCCAUGCGUGGUACUCGUGAAGUCAGUCCUGCGAAAAAGAAGGCUCGACUUCUGUUGCCAGACAAAGGCAUCCGUGAGCCCGGAAGGGAGAGUCUCGGUGGGCUUGACGUUGGCCUUAUUGCGGCCAUGGAUGAGGACGACGAUGACCUCGAGGUUGUUUGA